CUGGUUCGAGUUAAUGGAAUCCCAUUGGAAGAGGUGAAUCAAAUCAAAUAUCUUGGCAGAAUCUUCAAAAAAGAUGGACUACUGGAUGCGGAAGUGAACAACCGAAUAAGAUCGGGUUGGGCGUCAUAUCACAACAUCGCGACCGCCAUCUCAGAACUUCCAGAAAAAGAGAAGAACCACUUCCUCAAAUCAUGUGUAAUUGGAGCAAUAACUUAUGGAUGUGAAACAUGGAAUACCAAGGUGGAAGAUGUGAAGAGAAUCCAAAGAAGUGUGAAUUAUAUCUGGGAUCAAGCUCAAGCUGGUAAACCACCAAAUAUAGAAACCCACAUAAUGAAGUCGAAGUUGAGAUGGGCAGGACACGUAGUCCGGCUGCCACAAAGAAGAUUAUGCAGAAUCAUAACCAUCUGGGAACCACCAAACGGCGUCAAAAGAAGAAGAGGGAGACCGAGAGGCAUUUUCGAAAGAUGGUCGGAUGAUAUUCAAAGUGAAGUCAAAGUGCACCAACACAAUAUAAAUUUACAAGGCCUCGGUGGAGGCGGAAGAAGAAGGAUCGGGCUAAUCUCCAAUAAAAUGGCCCUGGUCACGAUUGGCGAGAUCAAGAAGUUCCUGGAAACAUCUAGUCCACAGCUACACGCUCGAAUAAUGGACUAUCAAAGUAUCAAAGUAAGUACCAAUCUAUAA